UAAUGUCAUCUGAAGCAGUUGAUGAAGCGAUAAGGAAAAAUAUUACUUGGACAAAAUUGUCAGAUGAUUUACGUACAGUUUUGGGUGGUUCUCAACGAGAAUAUGACAAAAGAAUAUUGGAAUAUUCAAUUAAAAAUCAACUUAGGUACAAGGAAAAUAUCGUUAGAUUUGUUAAAAGAGUUCAAGAGGAAUAUUAUGAUUGUUUACUUCAUCAUAGCAGAGCAAAAAUGAUGCUUUACCCUUACCAUCUUUCUGAUAUUUUGGUUCGAGAAUUGCGUUUAACUCCUUUCACUUAUUAUACGGAAAUGCUUGUUGAUGUAAUGCAAGCAGAAAAGAGCUAUGAUUCUAUUCCAAACUUUACUGCUGUUGAUGCGAUGCAAAUCCUUGGAAUUGGCCGCAAUCAAUAUAUUGAUCUUGUGAACCAGAGCCGUGCAAACCGUCGUCUUUUUCGCCGUUCAAAAUCUGUUAGGGAAAUGCUGCCCCAAAAGCCAGUCAAUAAUUUUACUGUAGAGCCUUGGUUUCUAUUCAAUUAUGGUUGUGUUUUGGAAAAUGAUGUUCGGUUAUUAAGUUCUGUGGAGAAAGAAGUAAUUGACAAACUAAUGGAUGAAGGUACUCAACUUUGUGGCCUUUUGGAUAAGAAUGUUAUUCAGAGGUUGCUUAGCCGUGGCCUUGCUUAUUUGGAAGUUCCAAUACAUCCUGAGGAUUGUGUUUAUGUUCCUACUCUUGACGGAUUUGUUAUGAAUCGAACUCAGGGUGAUUUUUUUGAGACAUUACUCUAUAAAAUUUUUGUUGCUAUUGAUGGGCAGACUUCUAUACGAGAGCUCUCCGAAACAAUCGGCAUUGAUAUUGACCUGAUUUGUAACGCUGUUUCUCUUUUUUGCCGACUUGGUUUUGCGCGUAAAAGAGUUACAGGAAUUGAAAAUUUUGUUCUUCACAACUCGUGGGGUGUGGAGAAUUCGUCUUCUGGUUCUUGUCUUUCAUCACCAACCACACCGGAACCUUCUAUUAGCGCAGAAUUAAAUGAUCUCAACUUUUCUUUAAUGAAUAUAAAUUCUGGAGGUUUUUUUGACGAUGAUGAUAUUGUUUCGGCUGUAGAAAAUGCUGUUUCGCAAAAUUCUCCAUUCGUUGUUGAAAGUUCGGCAAGUUCAACCACUUCAGCUGUUGCAAAAAGAAUAGCAUUCAUUUUUGAUUCUUCUCUCACUGCUUUUUUGAUGAUGGGAAAUUUAUCUGCUACUCUAAAAAAUCAUGCAAUUACGUUGUUUGAGGUUGGUAAGCUAAGUGAGGAUGCUAUGGAUAGUUUUAUUGACGAACUUCAAAAUGUUAAUUUCUUUGCUGAAGGUGAAGCACAGCGUUAUUCAGAGCAUGCUAGAACUUUGUUAUAUACAAUUCAAUCAUUAAGAAGCGUUUCUGAAAUGGACCUUAUACGUGGAGAAAGUCUUUUAAAUUUGGAAAGUGCAGCACGUCUUAGAGUAAUUGAAAAAUCUUACAAACUGCUCGUUUCGAUGGCUCCGAUCGGUGCUGAAGCGUGUUGUUUACAUUCGGCUAAACUUCCUCAUUUGGGAACUGCCGCGUCAGUAGAACUAACAUCUCCUUGGUUUCGUCUUUUUAUAUACGAAUUAGCAACAUGUGGUCCUCCUUCAAUUUUCCUCCCUAUGGGCACUUAUAUCACCAAACUUCCUAAACUCUUCUGGAAAAGUCGUCGUUUAAUGCUUACUCAAGGAAACAAUCAUGAACCUGUUAUUCUACCUAUUGAAAGUUCGCUUAUUCCAGUAGGAGAUGCUUUGCAUUCUGCGCCAGUGUUUUUACAAGCUUAUAGUGAACUUGUAUCUGAUGCUGAAAUUGUAAAUGUUCCAUUUCCUUUUGAUAUAGAAAGUGAAGAGAGAGGCAUUAAUGGAUCUAUUCAAACAAAUGAAUGUGAACAACAACAAUCGAAUAUAGAAUGUCUACAACCAUUUACAAGACAUCCAGUCGUUCAAAGGUUGCAAUCUUCUCUUGGUUUAGACUAUCUUUGUGGUUAUAUUGUUCUCUUAAAAUUGCAUAACACUGAUGAUCCUUCUCAACCUUCAUUUGAAGAUGAGGAGAAUAAUGAUAAAAAUGAAAGUGAACAACAACGUCCCUCAGAAAAUGAUGAAUUUUCUCCUUCUAAUCAAUCGACGUUAAUACCCUCACCAAAUUCUGCUUAUUCUCUAAGUGUUUUUCAAUUAAGCAAUACAAUUACAAAAGAUCCAAAAAAAGUUUCAACCAGUCGAACACAUUUAUGUCGUGGGGAGUCUUUCAAUGAUUAUGUUCUCUUCGACUGUGUUUUCGGCAUUCCAUUGUUUGAUGAAUCAUUAAACAAAACAAUUUGCCAAAGAAUCUUACAGAAAGGUUUACUCACUCCCGACAAUUUUGAGAAUUCACGUUCUUCUCUGCAAAGGAUAGAGGAAUUAAUAAAGAAAUUUAUUUCAAGAUUUCGAAAUCCUUCACUUGACGAACAAAAUGCAAUUGUUGGGAUUGACUCUCCACCAAUUCCUUAUCCAACAACAAAUGUUUUUUUCGAUCCAAUGGAUGAGAAUGGGAAAUGUGGGUCAAAAGAUUUAAAUUUUUUGUAG